CCGGAAGCGGCCCUCUGAAGGCGGGCGCUAAGGGCUCACAGAUCUACUGAGUGGCGAGUGCUCCCUGGGGUUUGCAGCUCGGCCGCUGGGCGGGACAGAUCGCUCGAUGACAGGGUGCAGCCCCCGGUCUGCCAUGCAUCACGUGGUGGGCGCGCCCCCCGUACUGGUGCGGAGAGGCCUCCUUGGAAGAGACUGGAUGACCAGGACCCUGUGCAGCCCAGGCCCGAGCCAGCCCAGAGAGAAGAGACCAGAGGAGGUGGCCCUCGGGCUGUUGCAGCGCCUCUCGGCCCUGGGAAGAGCCCUGGGGCGCAGCCUUCAGCAGCGAGCGUCCUCCACCAUCAAGACGUGGUGGGACAGAUACGAGGAGUUUGUGGGCCUCAGCGAGGUGCGGGAGGCCCAGGGAAACGUGACGGAGGCAGAGAAAGCGUUCAUGGUGGCUCGGGGGCUUGUCCGAGAGGCUCGGGGGGACUUGGAGGCGCAGCAGGCCAAGCUGAAGGAGGUGAGGGACCGCUUGGACCGCACGUCCCGGGAGGAUAACCAGUACCUGGAGCUGGCCACGCUGGAGCACCGGAUGCUGCAGGAGGAGAAGAGGAUCCGCGCGGCCUACCUGCGGGCCGAGGACUCCGAGCGAGAGCAGUUCUCCCUCUUCUCCGCGGCGGUGCGGGAAAGUCACGAGAAGGAGCGGGCUCGGGCCGAGAGGACCAAAAACUGGUCCCUCAUCGGCUCGGUCCUGGGGGCCCUGAUCGGCGUGGCCGGCUCCACCUACGUGAACCGUGUGCGGCUGCAGGAGCUGAAGGCCUUACUCCUGGAGGCGCAGAAGGGGCCAGUGAGCCUCCAGGAGGCCAUUCGAGAACAGGCAUCCAGCUACUCCCUCCAGCAGAGGGACCUCCACGACCUCAUGGUAGACCUGAGGGGCCUGGUGCAAGCCGGGCCAGGGCAGAGCUCCGGGUCCCGGGCAGGGACUUCCCCCACCCGAGACAGAGACACAGAUGCGCUUUCAGCUGCCCUGAAAGAGCAGCUCAGCCAUUCCAGGCAGGUCCGUGCCUGUCUAGAGGAUUUACGAGAACGGCUUCGUGGUCUGGAGAAGACUGUCAGCCAAACGGCCGGGGCGGUUCAGCUGGCAAAGGCUGCAGACGGGGCCCUGCCCGGCUCCGCGCUGGAGCAGGGGAGCGUGAUCUUGGCACUGGAGGACGUGGAGCAGAGGCUGGAAGCCCAGGUCAACCGGAACAGCAUCUACAGCACGCUGGUCACCUGUGUGACCAUCGUGGCCACGAUGCCUAUGCUCUACGUGCUGUUCAGGGCCAGCUAGCCCCUGGACCCCGGUCUGGAGGGUCUGGGGGGUGUGGUGUGGGUGUAGCGGAGGGGCUCAGCAGUGCAGCGAGCCCUCGGGGACAUAGCCUCGGCCGGGGUCUGAGCGGGGUGUGUGCGGCUCGCCGGCCGACACACUUCGCCUCAGGCAGUGCUCAUUUAUACUAAUUAUGGAAACUCUGUGCUAAUGUCCAAUUAAAAUGUCUUUGUGUUUGUGUUCUUUAAA